AUGUCUUUCGAUUCGAUUCCGAUCCUUGAUCUUUCAGCAGCCCGAGAUGGUGCGACGAAACCCGGCUUCCUUGACGAGCUACGCCAUGCACUACUAGAAGUCGGCUUCCUCUAUAUCAAGAACACCGGGAUCGAUGACAAGUUGAUAGAAGAUGUCAUCAUUGAAGGGAAGAAAUUUUUCGACCUUCCGAUGGAGAAGAAGCUGGAAAUUGAGAUGAAGAAUGCCCCCAGUUUUCUUGGAUACAGCAGAUUGGGUGGUGAGAUCACCCGUUUUAAGACCGACUGGAGAGAACAGAUCGAUCUCUCUACGAACCACCCAGUUCCUGGCCCCUCUGAUCCGCUCUAUCACAACCUGCUAGCACCGAAUCAAUGGCCAGACGAGUCGUCUAUCCCUCGUUUCCGUCCUGUGUAUGAGGAGUACAUGGAGAAGAUGGGCGCUAUCAGCAUGGAAUUCAUCUCCCUGGUUGCAGAAGCAAUCGGCCUACCAGCUAACGCAUUUGAUCGAUUCUUUGACAAAGAUCAGCAACAUAAGUUGAAGAUAGUCAAGUACCCUGAUUUAGAAGAGCUAGGGGUCGAUGGCGAAGCUCAGGGCGUUGGUCCGCAUAAAGAUAGCAUGCUCACGAGCUAUCUCCUUCAAGCAACGAAGCAUCGUGGGCUGCAGGUUCAGAACCACCGCGGCGAAUGGAUCGAUUGCCCCCCAAUAGAUGGCACUUUGGUUGUAGCAAUGGGCCAGGGGCUAGAAGCUAUUACCCAGGGAGUUUGUCAAAGCGUCCCCUUCUUCCAAGGCGUAAGCUAUGACGCCACAUUUGAGAGUAUGGAUGUGCCAGACCAAGUCAAGAAGCUUCGACAAGAAGUGAUUGAGAGGAAUGGGAUCCGUCAAGACGAUAUUGAAUUCACCUUUUCCAAGGGCCGCUGGGGCCAUCUUGGUGAAGCCACUCUGAUGAACCGCAUAAAAAGCCAUCCAGAUGUUGGUGAACGCUUUGUAAGUCUCCGCGAUAUCUCUUCAAUGAUCUACCACUACUAA